UAUGAAAAAUAUAUAUUUAUAUAUUUAUAUAUUUAUUGUUGGUGGAUCAUGGAGUAAGCCCUUUGUUGGUGGAGAAUGUGAAAGAAAUGGUUGAAGAAUUUUUCAAUAUGGGAAUAGAAGAAAAAAACAAGUUUAGGCAACAAAUUGGGGAUUUGGAAGGAUUAGGGCAAGCUUUUGUGGUUUCUGAGGAUCAAAAGCUUGAUUGGGCUGACAUGUUCUUCCUUGUCACACUCCCAAAACACCUUAGAAAACCUCAUUUGUUACCCAAAUUGCCUCUUCCUUUCAGGGAAACCAUUGAAGCUUACUCAAUAGAGCUAGAAAAUAUAGCCAAGAAAGUGCUUGACUUAAUGGGAAAAGCUCUAGGGAUGAAGCCUAAUGAAAUGAGUGAAUUGUUUGGGGAAGGAUGGCAAACUAUGAGGAUGAACUACUACCCGCCGUGUCCUCAACCCGAGCUUGUGAUCGGCUUGAACGCUCAUUCGGACUCCAUAGGCCUUACAAUUCUUCUCCAAAUCAAUGAAACGGAAGGUCUUCAAAUCAAGAAAGAUGGAAUUUGGAUCCCUAUCAAACCCCUUCCUAAUGCUUUUAUUGUCAACAUUGGAGACAUGCUAGAGAUUAUGACGAAUGGAGUUUAUCGUAGUAUUGAGCAUCGUGCAACAGUUAAUGCAGAAAAUGAGAGACUUUCCAUAGGCACAUUUUAUGGUCCGAGCUUGUAUGGUGACAUAGGUCCGGCACCAAGCCUUGUAACACCAAAGACACCAGCACAGUUCAAAACAGUUCGUGUUGAGGAUUACUUUAGAAAAUUUUUCGCACGCGAACUUCGCGGUAAAUCUUAUAUUGAUUUGGUGAGGAGCAAUCCAAACAAAGAAGGGUAAGGUAAUAUUGCCUAAAAAAUACUAAAGAGCUUGAUAAAGAAGUUGAAUAAAAGAAUGUUUUCUAUAUUUUGAUGGAUAUGAUUUGGUUUAAUGAAUAAGUUGCAAAUUUUAUUUAAAAUAAAUUAUAAGAAAAUAGAGACCAUGUAUGUACUUGCUCUCAAUUUCUAAAUUUCAAGAUGUUGUAAGAAUAGUUUAAGAAAAUAGAUUUUAAUGUUACUUAACUUUUAUAUAGUUGGAAUUUAUGCAUCA